AUGGAUGGUGCAGAUAGGAAGAGAAUAAGCAAUGGACCGUCAGCGAAAUUACUAAAAGCAGCCGAGCCCACGGCGAGCGCGCGGCUUGCCGCCGGCGGACGCCCUCCUCCUCGCGCCACUACGACGCGCGGCGGCAUCAGGGGCGCGGCCUCCGACUCCGAUUCCUUAAAGGAGUCGGUGCGGACCUUGACGCAGGAGCAGACGUCCAGGGACACGAAGAAGGCGUUCUGGAUGCCCUCGCCGAGGACCUCGGCGGGGCGGCAAAGCGGCCUGCCGCAGCAGCCUGCAGCUGCUGCUGCUGGGGCGCCGUGGGCCACCGUGCGGGCGGUGCCUGAUGAGGCCAGGGCCGGCGGCAGACGCCCCCGCUCGCCGCCGCGGCGGAAGGCGAAGGGGACGCACCGCGGCAAGGUAGUGGAGGAAGAGGAGGAGGUGCUGGCUGCGGCGAGGGUUGACGACAUGCUCAGGGGUCAGGGCCGGCGUCGCCGCCUCGGGCUGCUUCUUCCUCUCCUAGCUCUUGGUCUCUGGUCUGGUUGCAGCAGCUUGCUGGCUCCUAGCUAG